GGUGGUGAUAGGCAACGGGACAUGCAGUCGGGUCUCAGUCCGCUGCCGAAUUGGAAUACGACUGCUGAGCUCUGACACAUUUUCGUCUAUCUGACGCAUUCGGUUGGAACUUCAUUGACGGGUGGAUGAGCCGGCCUGUUCAUUCUAGCAAUUGCAUCUUGUUGCCGACAAAUUAACCCAUAAUACCAGUCCUUACAUCGCGGCGCAAACGGAUCCGUGCUGGUUGGUAGCUUGACGCGCAAAGCGACCGACCGUCCUCAAGACGAAGCCAAAUCGAACAACUGAACUGUCACCUUGACCUUACAACCGAUUUAAAGAACCUCCAAGUAGACAUUCCGGCUGGGCGCUCAGCAUUUCCUAGCGCCGCAGUGCCACUCAAUUUGAAGCUUCAACCACCGCGGGGAUACAAGCCACUUCGAAUAAAUCGCCCGCACACGGCGCCCCCGGUUGCCCAUCAUGUCCUACUUCUUCUCGACCCCGGUGGACAUUGAUAUCGUCCUCGAAGAUGGAGAUGACCGGUCAAUGGUGGAUAUCAAGCUGGACAAGAACCGGCGGGAGAAGGCACCUCUCUACAUGGACGGCGAGUCCGUCAAGGGUGCGGUCACGGUCCGGCCCAAGGACGGCAAGCGGCUCGAGCACACGGGAAUCAAAGUGCAGUUCAUCGGCUCCAUAGAGAUGUUCUUUGACCGCGGCAACCACUACGAGUUCCUCUCACUGGUGCAGGAGCUUGCCGCCCCUGGCGAGCUGCAACACCCCCAGACCUUCGACUUCAACUUCAAGAACGUCGAGAAGCAGUACGAGUCCUACAACGGAAUCAACGUCAAACUGCGCUACUUUGUGCGCGUCACCGUCUCGCGCCGCAUGGCCGACGUCAUCCGCGAGAAGGACAUUUGGGUCUACAGCUAUCGCAUACCUCCCGAGAUCAACAGCAGUAUCAAGAUGGAUGUUGGCAUCGAGGAUUGUCUGCAUAUUGAGUUUGAGUAUUCCAAGUCCAAGUAUCACCUGAAGGAUGUGAUUGUCGGUAGGAUCUAUUUCCUCCUCGUCAGGCUCAAGAUCAAGCACAUGGAGUUGUCUAUAAUCAGGCGCGAGACUACGGGUGCCGCACCGAACCAGUACAACGAGAGCGAAACCCUAGUCAGGUUUGAGAUCAUGGACGGCUCGCCGUCAAGAGGUGAAACGAUCCCCAUCAGGUUAUUCCUGGGAGGAUUUGACCUCACGCCAACUUUCAGGGAUGUGAACAAGAAGUUUUCAACCAGAUACUAUCUCAGCCUGGUUCUCAUAGAUGAAGACGCCCGAAGAUACUUCAAACAAUCAGAAAUCAUCCUAUACCGACAAACGCCCCAGGAGCUCAACGGAAGCCAACAACUACCUGCACCGCCUGAGAGUAGGAUACAGGCGGUUCCCGCGUAGUUGAGCGGCUCUACCCUUCUCAUCGGUGGCUUGGCCUCCAUCCCUUUGGGCCUUUGCUGUGGCAUCAAAGUUUCAUAUCUUGUCAUUCUUUGCCCGUCGUUAUAUGACGCUGGUGAAAUUUCGGGGGUGGAGGCAUUGUCAAACUCAUACAUACCUUUUUGUUCCCGUAAAAUCUUUAGCGCGCUUUGAAGUUUUUUCAAGCAAGAAGGGGACUCUUGAAAGUUGGAAUAAACGGCCUUUCUCUGCAUCUUUGGUGUCGUGCAAGUUGAUGAAUCAAGUGUAACGUAAUGAUGUGAUUAUCAGUCAGCCAAGCUCAUUGUACAAAAAGAAUAUAUAUAACGGGGCACCUAACGAUUUGGUCAACGCAGGGCCACAGGGCCAGAUUCCUCUUGGUCAGUCAACAUUGGUG